CGAGAACAAUAAGCAAUCAAUAAAGUUUGAACCUAGUUGAGCCCCAGAUACCAUUAAUUACAUGUGGCACUUCUUAGCAAGAAACAUGAAGGCUAUCAUAGUUAUUUCUAUUCUUGUUGCUUCUCUUAUAUAUCUGUUACUUCCUACAGCAGCGGAGAAGCCAAAAAAAGGCCCAAAAGUUACAGAUGUGGUUUUCUUUGAAAUAGAAAUCGGAGGUGAAUACAUAGGAAGAGUGGAUAUUGGAUUGUUUGGAAAAACAGUACCAAAGACUGUAAAAAACUUUGUAACUCUAGCAACCAGAGAGGGUACAGAGGGAUACAAAGGUAGUAAAUUCCAUCGUGUUAUCAAGGACUUUAUGAUCCAGGGUGGAGACUUCACCAGAGGAGAUGGCACUGGAGGAGUAUGGCUAAUGCUGGUAAAAACACAAAUGGUUCACAAUUCUUUAUCACCACAGUCAAAACCCCUUGGCUUGAUGGAAAACAUGUUGUUUUUGGCAAAGUUGUCAAAGGAAUGAGUGUUAUACGCAAAGUGGAGAAUACUGAAGUGUCGGGCUCAACACCUCAAAAACCCUGCAUCAUUGUAAAUAGUGGUGUAAGUGAAGAUUAUGGGGAAUUUUAUGUAGAAAAAGCUCCAGCUACUGAUUAAAGAAAUAUCAUGCAAUUUAACUUGCUUUUUUUUUUAAAUUUAAAUCCUUUUUCUUUUGUGCCAUAUCAUGAAAUUUACACAAUAAUAUCAACCCAUCGGACAAUUAUUACAUUAUUGGAGUAUUUAACGUAGAAAGACCCAGCUAUUGACUAAGCAAGUAACAUUUAAUUUUGCAUUGAUAUAACUAUAUUUUCCUUUAAAUUGUGUGUGGUAUCUCUGAAUUUUACACAAUAAACUCAACCCAAUGGAAAACAUC